AUGGCGUCACAGCUGCUACCCCUCGAGCUUAUCGACAAGUGCGUCGGAUCAAAAAUAUGGGUUGUCAUGAAGGGAGACAAAGAAUUUAGUGGCACGCUCAUGGGUUUUGACGACUACGUCAAUAUGGUGCUGGAGGAUGUGACAGAAUUCGACUACUCUGGAACCCACACAAAGCUUCCUAAAAUUCUGCUCAACGGCAACAACAUCUGCAUGCUGAUUCCCGGUGGAGAAGGACCAGUUGGUGCCGCAGCUUGA